CAGAAACUAGACACCAUGUGCGACGAAGACGAGACCACCGCCCUCGUGUGUGACAACGGCUCUGGCCUGGUGAAAGCCGGCUUUGCCGGGGAUGACGCCCCCAGGGCUGUGUUCCCAUCCAUUGUGGGCCGCCCCCGACACCAGGGUGUCAUGGUGGGUAUGGGUCAGAAGGACUCCUACGUGGGCGAUGAGGCCCAGAGCAAGCGAGGUAUCCUGACCCUGAAGUACCCCAUCGAGCAUGGCAUCAUCACCAACUGGGACGACAUGGAGAAGAUCUGGCACCACACCUUCUACAAUGAGCUUCGCGUGGCCCCUGAGGAGCACCCGACCCUGCUCACCGAGGCCCCCUUGAACCCCAAAGCUAACCGCGAGAAGAUGACCCAAAUCAUGUUUGAGACCUUCAACGUGCCUGCCAUGUAUGUGGCCAUUCAGGCGGUGCUGUCCCUCUACGCCUCCGGCCGUACCACCGGCAUUGUGUUGGAUUCUGGGGACGGUGUCACCCACAAUGUGCCCAUCUAUGAGGGCUAUGCCCUGCCACACGCCAUCAUGCGUCUGGAUCUGGCCGGACGUGACCUUACUGACUACCUGAUGAAGAUUCUCACCGAGCGUGGCUAUUCCUUCGUGACCACAGCUGAGCGUGAGAUCGUGCGCGACAUCAAAGAGAAGCUGUGUUAUGUGGCCCUGGACUUCGAGAAUGAGAUGGCCACCGCUGCCUCCUCCUCCUCCCUGGAGAAGAGCUACGAGCUGCCCGACGGGCAGGUCAUCACCAUUGGCAAUGAGCGUUUCCGUUGCCCGGAGACGCUUUUCCAGCCCUCCUUCAUCGGCAUGGAAUCCGCGGGGAUCCAUGAGACCACCUACAACAGCAUUAUGAAGUGCGACAUUGACAUCAGGAAGGACCUGUACGCUAACAACGUCAUGUCAGGAGGUACCACCAUGUACCCUGGUAUCGCUGACCGCAUGCAGAAGGAAAUCACAGCUCUGGCUCCCAGCACCAUGAAGAUCAAGAUCAUCGCCCCCCCUGAGCGUAAGUACUCAGUGUGGAUCGGCGGCUCCAUCCUGGCCUCGCUGUCCACCUUCCAGCAGAUGUGGAUCACCAAGCAGGAGUACGACGAGGCCGGCCCAUCCAUUGUGCACCGCAAAUGCUUCUAG